AUGAGAGCUAUUGUGCUGAUCUGCCUGCUGCAUGCGGUCCUUCCAUUUCAGUGGAAUGACCCUGGCCAGGACCCACCGCCUACAGACGCCAAACCGGGCAGGGAGUGUCUGGCGGACCAGGGCUCCUGCGGGUGCUGCCUGAUGUGGAAAGAGAUGGACAGGCUGACGACGUACUUCAACGCCACGUUGAACACGUUGGAGAACGAGUACGCACAAACGAAGCACAGUCUGGACAAAAUUGAAGCCAGCCGCACCGCCUUUUCCGUCGCUCUAACCGAUAACAACAAUCUGAUCUGCUUCGGCCCCUUCGCCUCCGACGAGCUCAUCACCUACCGGCACGUCUUCAUCAACCUGGGCGACGGCUACAGCGCGGACACCGGGGUCUUCACCGUCCCGCACUCUGGCGUCUACAGCCUGGCCCUCACCGUCUACAGCGACGCCGGUUCCCCCGGUAACCUCUUGGCCGCCUGCGCCAAUCUGCUGGUUAACGGCCAGAUGGUGGCGGGGAACCGAGAGAACAACGAGCAGGACCAAGAGGACAGCGCCACCGUGGUCGCGGCCCUCCACCUGGCGGCGGGGGACACGGUGGCCGCCAAGAUGCCCGCCGGGAGUUUCCUAUGUGACGACAGCAGCCACUACAACACGUUCAGCGCCUUCCUUCUUUAUCCCACUGAAUAA